AAUUUCAUAGUUGGGAAGUGAAUAAUAAACCCCUGAGACUAGGGUUUUGCCAUCGUCGGUAGCCAUGGAGGUCCCAAUCCUCGGCAGCGAUUCACUCAAGUGGCUCGAGUUCCCCGUUCCCUCUUCUUCUUCCAAUGCUGCCUCCGAUACUUGCGCCCCUCUCACUCACGACUGCGCAUCUUCCAUCGCCAUUGGAGACCCUCCCGCAUAUCUCAUCUACAGAAUCCACAAGCACCUCCCUCACGCCCUCGAACUGUUCGAGCUCUGUCCCGACAAGGAAUUCCCAAAACUCGGCCUGCGAAUCACUUUUCCACAAGCACUUUCUUCCUCCGUUUUCCUCUGCAAAAAUGAGAUUGAUGUUGGCUCCAGGAGCCAUCCCUAUUUGCUUUAUGCACUCACCGUCGCCGGAGUCGCCUACCUUUUGAGGCUCGGAACCGUCUCUAACUAUGCCUCCAGCUCUGUUGUUAGAGAGAUUAGCUUGCAUCCCCACGGGCCUAUAGCAAGUGCGGCGGCGACGACCACUGGAUGUCUUGUUGUAGGCCGGAACGACGGCUCCCUUGCUUGCUUUCAGCUUACACUUGAGUCCAAUGCUCCUGGUUUUCUGCAAGAGCUUCGGGAUGAUCCAGGAAUUGGUAGUCUGUGGGGUUUCAUGUCAAGGGGUAGGACGGUAGGGGCUGUCCAGGACUUGGCUAUAUCUAUGGUGCGUGGGAAACCACUUAUAUUUGCAAUAUAUACGGAUGGGAUGUUACGUGUAUGGGAUCUUUCAUCUCAUCUCAGGCUCUUUUCCCAUAAAUUGAAUGGUCCAACAAUGGCAGGAGCUGCCUUGGUAAGGUUGUGGAUUGGUCAAGCUGACAACGAUUCAAGCACAAUCCCUUUGGCAAUGUUGUACAGAGAUAAUUCGGAAAUUUGCUCUGAGGCUAUCCACGUAUAUAGUCUUCAUUGUAAUGUGGCAGAAAGAAUUGCUCUAUUGAUGGAUCCUUCAGAACAAGUUAUUCCUAUUGAGGAUGGAUGGAUUGAUGUCAAACUUGUUUCCAACAAGAUAUGCAUAUUGAAAAAUAAUGGACUGAUGCUUCAUGAGCUGCAUAAAAAUGUCAGCAUGGUAGAUGCAGUUUGUUAUGCUUUGCAAGAGGACUUUGUUGCAGAUCAACUCUUUCAAAGUUCUGAGCAUUCUUCGGAUGACCUUUUUGUGAUAACUCAUUCAAUAUUGUCAUCUUCAAAGGAUCAUAUUCUACCGAUUGUAUCUUCUAUUAUCUUGCGUAGGCUGCUUCUUCCUGGCAUUCAUCAUAAUGCUGCUUUACGCACAACUUUAUUGGAUUAUAAUAGGCACUGGACUGAGUCAGAUUUCCACUCCUUAACUGCUGAUGGGUUGAAGAAGGAAAUUCUUUCCCUGAUUGAACAUGAGGGUCUGACUGGUAAUUCAUCAUCAAUAUUUUGCUGCUGGAAAAUAUUUUGUGCUCGCUAUUUCCAGAACUGGUGCAAGAGCAACGGACCAUGUGGCCUUCUUGUUGAUUCCUCAACCGACACUGUUGGUUUAAUUAGAAAGAGUUCAGUAUCGUCUUUUCGUUCUUUGGAGGAUAUUGAGCGGGUCAAUGAUGGCUCUUUGGAUGAACUUGGCAAUUUUCCGAGCUUUGGAUUGGAUUCAUCUGAUGAGGCUCUUGAUUGUGAUCUACUUGCUGAAAUGCUCAGAUGUGUCAUUUAUGUCAACCAGCAAUUGGGGAAAACAGCUUCAGCUAUAUUUUAUGAAUUACUCAUUAGUGCACCCCCAGUUAUCUCAUCUGAAGAAAUUAUUCCACGCCUUUUGAAGAUUUUAGAAACUGGAUAUAGUUCAACAGCAUCAAUGCUCCAUAUAUCAGGUCUUGGACCUGAUGUUGCCUGGGAGAAAAAACUAGCAGAUCACAAAAAUUUGAGGAAAUUUUCUAUUGACAUGAUGUUGUCUCUUCAUGCUUUGCACAAGAAAUCUGGCUCAUGGAGCCAUAUAUUAAGUGUGAUUGAGAACUAUCUAAAGUAUCUCAUACCUCAAAAAAUGAUACAAAAGUAUGAUGCUGAAGUAGUUUUGGAUAUCAAUGCCGCCAUCUUGGUCCAGGCUACAUCUCAAGUUGCAAAGGUUAUGCUUGAGUCUGCACUGGAUAUUCACCUGUUUUUAAGCUAUCUAGUGAGCAUUAGUGGGCAGAUUAAUAUGCUACAUGAUGAUAUAUCCAAAAUACAACUCGAGUUGAUUCCAAUGAUUCAAGAGAUCAUUUAUGAAUGGCUUCUCUUACAUUUCUUUGCCACCACACCAUCUGAAUCGGCGGCAAUUGAAGAUUUCAGCUCUCAGCUUUCAUUGUUACAAAUUGAUAGCAACAAAGGCAGAAGAUCAUGGAAUGAGAAGCUUGGGAAGUGCGAGUUCACUCUGGCUUUUAUAUUCUUACUUAAUGUUAGAAGUUCCUCCAGAGAACAGAGCCACUAUGAUCUAAGAAGCAUACCAAAUGUUCAAGACAUAGUUGAUUCAGUACGGGAAUUUGCGAGCUGGACCAUGUUGGGUCAGAAUGGAGAAUCCCUUACUCUCCUAAGGCGUGCAGCAGAUCUUGCAUUCAUCCUGCUAAGGCACGGGCAAUAUGAUGCUGUUGAGCACCUACUCACUAUUGUGGAGGCACAUUUACUAAAGGAGAAAACUUCUCACGGUAUUCAAGCUACAGAUGGUGGAUGGUGCAUACUUCAUCAUCUUUUAGGAUGCUGCUUCCUUGCUCAGGCACACCGUGGGUUACAUGGGGUCCUGAAAGAGAGGAAAGUUCAUGAAGCUGUUCGCUGUUUCUUCAGAGCUGCAUCUGGAAAAGGAUCAGCGCAGGCUUUACAAAGCUUGCCUCAGGAAGCGGGGCUGCCACCACUUGGUAUUAAUGGUAUCGUAUCAGAUGCUGCAUGGAGGCUCCAUUACUAUCAGUGGGCAAUGCAGAUAUUCGAACAAUAUAAUAUUAGUGAAGGUGCAUGUCAGUUUGCUCUUGCUGCGCUUGAGCAAGUUGAGGAAGCUUACAGUUCAAACAAUCAGUCCCAUGACAGGGCUGCAUUGAAUGAAUCAGUAUCUACCAUCAAAGGAAGUCUUUGGGCACAUGUUUGCAAGUUUACUUUAGAUCUUAAUCUGUUUUAUGAUGCAUAUUGUGCCAUAAUUUCAAAUCCAGACGAGGAGAGCAAGUACAUUUGGUUGAGGCGUCUUAUAAUUGUUCUUUAUGAACGUGGUGCUAUAAAGAUUCUUUGUGGUGGUCAGCUGCCAUUCAUUGGUCUUACAGAGAAGGUAGAACAAGAGCUUGCCUGGAAGGCAGAACGGUCAGACAUUUUAGCAAAGCCAAACUUAUAUAAGUUGCUAUAUGCAUUUGAAAUGCAUCGGCAUAACUGGCGAAAAGCAGCAAGCUACAUGUACCUUUAUUCUGCUCGUUUGAGGACUGAAACAUCUCUCAAAGGUUACCAGCAAUUGUGGCGAUCACUGAAAGAGAUUCUGAAUGGGCUCUCUGCUGCUAUCAACGCACUUCAUCUUGUUCAUCCAGCAUAUGCUUGGAUUGAUCCUCUGCUGGAGAGAAAUACUCUCCACAACGAGCAGUAUCCAAGUAAAAAGGCUAGAAUAACAAUUGAAGACCAGCCAGGCAAUGAUGUUGAUCUUCAAAGUUGGAAAUUUUAUAUAGAUAUUCAGAAAAUUGAAAAUGAGUUUGUGCUUACAUCAGCAGAAUAUCUGCUGUCACUGGCACACGUCAAAUGGACAAACACAGGAACAAAAAGAGCACCAUUAGAGUUGGUUGAUCUCUUGAUUCAGACGAAUCUAUAUGAUAUGGCAUUUACAGUUCUCUUAAGAUUCUCUAAAGGUUCAGAGUUGAAGAGGGGAUUGGAGAGAAUUUUUUCUGCUAUGUCACUGAAAUGCUGUCCGCAUAUAGUUGAUUCUUCAAGAGUUGGGGAUGAUCCCACAAAACAGGGUCUUCUUUUGACAUCUUCAAAGGAUGAAGUGAUCGUUCAUGGUUCGCCAGAUAUGUGUUUAUCAAAUCAGCAAUCCAACGGAACUAGUCAAUGGGGAACCCUCGAACUUUAUCUUGAAAGAUAUAAAGUGUUCCAUGCACGUCUACCACUAAUUGUUGCUGAAACUCUUCUUCGUACGGAUUCUCAAAUUGAACUGCCUCUUUGGUUGGUUAAAUUGUUCAAGGACGGCAAGAGGGAUAAAACAUUGGGGAUGACUGGCCAAGAAUCAAAUCCGGCAUUGUUGUUUCAACUAUAUGUUGAUUAUGGUCGAUAUAGAGAAGCUACGAAUCUGUUGCUUGAGUACAUAGGUUCUUCUGCAUCCAUGAGACCUGCCAACAUCAUGAAUCGUAAAAGACCAUUUGGAGUGUGGUUUCCCUAUACAACAAUUCAGCGCCUCUGGUGCCAGCUGGAGGAAAUGGUAAAAUCAGGUUACAUGGUAGAUCAAUGUAAGCAGCUCAAAGAUUUGCUACAUGGAGCUUUGCUGAAGCAUCUGGAACUGGUAAAGGUGGACUCGGAAGAUGCACUUGGUUGAGUUACUUCAAAAAGAAAAAAAAGAUGGAAACACUUGUCAUGCAAUCUUGAAGACUCGCAUCAUUUUCUGUAAAGACAUGCUGCAGCUAUAACCGGGCAAGAUUGCAAGACUAACAAGACAGUACUGGGCCUCCUAACACAGGAUAUGAAAUGCUUGGUAGUUGGUACUCAUCACAGUAACUGAAAUGAGGCCUACCUCUUAGGAUAAGAAAACUAGAACACAACAGAUUGUAUUUUCGGUUGCAGCAAAUUUUAGCUAUUGAAUUCUCACAAGAAAAUUAAAGAAGAUGGUGUUGAUAAAACCAAGAUGAGCUUUUUGUAUUAGGCAGCAGGAAACUCACCUCUGUACGUUUUAACUCGGAGGUGAUCACUGAAAAUAGUUAUCUCCGAGCCACAUGUAUAUAACCACUUGCAGAUGGGGAAUAUAUUUCUUCAUGAUUUGUGAACUUGCUACAACUGCAGUUUAUACUGGAAGCCAUCACUUUCUUUUGUUGGUAAAAUUGGAAGUUGAUGCAAAUUCGUUGAUCAAUCUACGAAGUAUAACUCAGCAACCAGUG